ACGCCUAAUUAAUUUAUAAACUAGUAGAAGGAGUAGUUUAAUUGGCCGCGAAUUGGCUAUGUUCAUUAUAGGGAACAUGGAUUUGGUCCAUCAAUUAGCAGGCACCGCAGAUAAUUAAGAAACCUCCCAAUCUCAUAAUUGAUUAAUGUUUUGCCAACUAACUGCACCAUUUGAAUUUCAAGCCUUAAAAGACCUCCAAAUGUCUUCACGCGAUCAGACUUGGGAGAACUUGCGUUCGUGUUAUGGGGAAUCUUCUCUCUUGCCGAGUCGCCGACGUUGGCAUGGUUGUGCUCUCCGAUGGCACGGUCCGUGAGCUCGAUGGACCGACGCCGGUGGCAGAGCUGAUGCUGGAGCACCCUCGCGAGUUCGUGGUCGACCUGCAUGCGUUGACUGCGUCCAAGGGUACUAAUUACGUAACUCCGCUGCCGGCCGACCACCUGCUGGACCCUGACAAGGUGUACGUGAUGCUCCCCAUGGCCCCCGGGAAGGCUGCGGUGGGCUUGUCAGCGACGGAGGCUCGGCAGGUCCUGGCGGUAGCUAAGCAACUAGCGAAACCGGCAAGGAGUUUCUUGAGAGUGCUUGGAGGGCAACCGAAGGUCGUAGGGCCUACUAAAGAAAAGGAGAAGGUGGUGGAAGAGGAAGCGUACGCAGUCGGAGAGGUAACAGAAUGGUGCUCGGAUCAGGAGACGGAGGUUUUGAUGAGGCAGUAUUCGAGCAGAAGGUGGAAGCCAAGUCUAGACACUAUUGUGGAAAAGAGCUUGGAGAAACAGAAGGUGCCUCACUGGUUAUUUUAAGGCAGGGUUGAAGCUGUCAGGAGGUUCCAGUCGCUAGUCCCCACUCCGUGUUGUGACAAUUUCUAUUUUCAGUCUUUGUUUUCUUGUUAUGUAUAUACAUACUGGUGAUGCGUGUGUCUUGGUCUCGUGGAUUUUAUAUCGUGAUUC